AUGAUGUUCUUCACAGUUUGUGCGGACCCCUCUAAUGGUUUGAUGCCAGAUGCAAAAAGAAAACUAAGUGGCGCUUCGGGAAGAUUACUGAAGCUCAUGAAGAGGUUGAGAACAAUAGAUAGUUGCUAUCACUCUGAUUUGCUUCUAGCCAUUGUUAGGGCUAGACCGUCUUUUGCUUCAGCUUUUUUGGCCGAAUUCCCAUACAAUGUUGAAGAUAUUGCAUCACCAUCCUGGUCUUCCUCUAUUUCCUUGGCAGCAAAUUUGGUAUCCUCGACCAUAUGCCCCCGACCAUUUAGCCGGUCAUUGAUCACUAAAGGGAUGCUACAUUCUGAUUCUCUUGUGAAAGGUGGGACCUUGAGAUUUCUCUCGGAGGCGCUGAGGCUGUGGGAUUCUUUCGUUACUGCUUGGAAACAUUGCUCGCCUCAUAGCUGCUCUGGUGAGCAAAUUCAGGCUUCUCUUGAGCGGGAUGUCAUGGGUGAGGCGAGAAGCUUUUUUGACACAUCCAGACCCCGAUCACUUUGA